AUGCCUAAAAAUAAAGGUAAAGGUGGUAAAAAUCGUCGACGUGGUAAAAAUGAAAAUGAUGAUAUUAAACGUGAAUUAAUAACAAAAGAUGAAGGACAAUCAUAUGCACAAGUCACACGAAUACUAGGCAAUGGACAUCUGGAAGCGUUUUGUUUCGACAUGAAUACAGGUGGUAAAAAACGUUUAUGCCAUAUACGUGGUAAAUUAAGGAAGAAAGUAUGGAUAAAUCAAGGUGAUAUUAUAUUAGUUGGUCUACGAGAUUAUCAAGAUGAUAAAGCGGAUGUUAUUAUGAAAUAUUUAGCGGAUGAAGCAAGAGAAUUAAAGCGAAUAAAAGCAAUACCUGAUAAUAUCAAUAUAACAGAAACAAGUACAUUUACAGCCGAGGGUUUAGAAGAAGUUGUCUUUGAUGAACGUUAUAACGCUGAAGGAUCGAGUGGAGGCGAGCCAGAAAGUGGACCAGAUGAAGACUUAGAAGGAGAUGAUGAUGAUGAAUUCCCUUUCCAGAAAAGUGGUAAUCUCAAUCAACGUAAUUUGAUCGCGAAAAAAGACACUGGAAAAGGUGCCAGAAAUGAUAGACGUAAACAAAGAAUCAGUGAUAGUGAUUCAGGCGAAGAUGAUGAAGUAGGAAAUAUCUAG